AUGGCCGACCUCGACACUCGCUUCGACCGCCUCAAGCUCGAUCAGGGACAAGACGGUCGCCCGCAGCAGUCGGGCAACAACCUCGGCGUACCCGGCCAAGGCGUCAGAAAGCAACGCUCGCAACGCUUCACCGUCCCGACCGCCCUCAACUCGCACUCGCACUCGGCACCUUCGCCCGUCCCUCCUCUCCCGUACCAGCCUCCUCCUCUCCCCGUCCAGGCGCAGAGCGCCAACCUGUUCCACCUCGCCGAUCAGCACCAGCACCAGCAUCAGCAUCAGCAGCACGGCCUCCCUCGCUCCUUCUUCCCCGCCGCGCUCGACGCGCACUCGCACUCGCUCGACCCGUACGCCCAGUUCGCCUCGUUCCCGGCGCCGCCGGUCUCGGCCACCCUCGCCCCCGAGUUCCUCGCCUCGCCGACGGGCAUGAGCCCCUACCCGGGCCCCGCCUUCCGCCCGCCGCAGUCGAGCUUCACGGGCGCGUACGGCGGCGUCGGCGGCGCGGGACAAGGGUUCCUCGGCGCGCAGCAGCAGUACCAGGCGCCGGGCAUGCAGCAGCAGUUGAGCGCCGGCAGUGCUGGGGGAGGGAGCCGCUUCAACAACGGGCCGGUGCCGCACGUCGUCGAGGACCUGGACGAGGACAUCAUCGAAACGGCCAUCGUCAUCAAGAACAUCCCGUUCGCGUGCCCCAAGGAGCAGCUCCUCAACAUCAUGUCAUCCCUUGCGCUCCCUGCGCCGUUCGCGUUCAACUACCACUAUGCGCCGGAGGACCCGACCUCUUUCCGCGGCCUCGCCUUCGCCAACUACCGCGACGGCCACGAGGCGGGCGUCGUGCGUGCCGCCAUGGACGGCCUCGAGAUCAUGGGCCGCAAGCUCCGCUGCGAGUUCAAGAAGCAGCUCAAGCCGGGCGAGAAGGAGGCCAUCGAGCGCACCAAGGCUCUCAAGCGCAUGCGCUCGGCCCAGCUCCUCGCCGGCGGCGGCGGUGGCGGCGGCGCGCCCGACUUUGGGUGGAACCGCCGCGAGGCGAGCGCGCCGGGCGGGUACGCCAGCGGCGGCAUGGUCACGGGUGCUUCGGGCGGCGGCGGUGGAGGCGGGGCAGGGUGGAACGCCGGGCUCGGCGUGAGCGCGGGCGAGGACGGCAUCGAGGACUACGGGCGGCCGCUCGCGUUCGGCCCGGGCACGCACCUCGGCGGCGCGUCGUCGGCUAUGGGCACGGGCCUGUCGCCCUCGUCGGCGCCGUCUCGCGGCGGGCCGCCGACGUCGUUCGGCCAGCGCGAGUUCGUCCCGGCCGGCGGGCCCCAGCCGCCGCACCACCCGCAGCAGCAGUUCCAGCACCAGCGCCAGCACUCGCACCAGCACGUCGGCCACGAGCGGCAGCACUCGUCGCACGCCGGCGCGACGCACAUGGAGCCGUCGUACUCGUCCGAGUCGGCCUCGGCGUCCGUGUCGGCGAGCCCGCCGAGUAGCGACGUCGGGACGAGCGUCAGCCAGCGCAUGGAGCGCGGCACGGGCAGCGUCGACAGCGAGGUCGGGACGGUGGCGACGACGGCGAGCGUCGGGACGGCGGCGGGAGGCAAGAACGAUCUCGACCUGAACGACCCGGCGACGCUCGAGCUCUACUCGCGCGUGCUGCUCUUCCAGGGCGACUCGCUCCGCGACGAGCUCGCCUUCUCGCGCUCGCUCUCGUCGCAGCAGCGCCGUACGGUCCACCUCAUCGCCAAGAAGCUCGGCCUCGAGCACCGCAGCCUCGGCGACGGCGAGUCGAGGCACGUUGUCGUCUACAAGCCCGGGACGGCGCCGCCACCUGAAGCUCGUCGACCUCUUCGCGGGUCCGUGUCGACCGCCGCCCUGCGCCGUGUCGCCUCGCGCGACGGCUUCCACCCGCCCUCCUCCUCGAGCCGCCACAACUCGUCCUACCUUCCUCCUCCCCUCCCGACGUCCUACCUCGUCCCCUCGCACACGGGCGGCUCGUCAAACGGCUCGCUCGCGACGAGCGUCGCCGGCCUGCGCGGCAAGAAGAGCAUGCCCAACCUGAGCGCCCAUGGCCACCAGCAGCACAACGCGCACUACGGCGGCCUGCGCGGUCACGCGUCGUCGAGCGAGGAGGACAGCCGGUCGCCGUCGCCGAUCCCGGCCGUGCCGCCCAUGCCGACGAGCAUCUCGCUCUCGGCGCACCUCGCCGCCUACGCGAGCGGCAACGGCUACGCGUCGGCCGCGUCGCCCCUGUCGUCGUCGCCGGGCGGCGCCGCGAGCGGCGGCUUCGGCAGCGGCGCCACAGGAGGCGGGACCAACGCCGCGAGCGCCGCCUUUACGCGCCGGUCGUACUCGAACCUGCGCUCGAUGGCGGCCUCGCCGGCGCGCGACACGUCGGCGUCGUCGCAGCCCCAGUACGCGACGGUCGGCCACUCGAGCUACGCCGCCGUCGGGUCGCCGUCAUCGUCGAGGAGGCGCGAGAUCCCGUCGGUCCAGGGCCUGUUCCAGGCGCACGGCAUCGCCGACAAGGACGCCUCUGCCGCCGUCACUGCCCCGCCGUCGCCCUCGCGCGAUCGCAGCAACGGCUACGGCGCGGCGCCGGGAACGGCGACCGCCGCGAGGCAGCCGAGCGGGCCCGGGUCCGAGGUGCACGACUGGCGCCGGCGCGCCUGAGCGCGCUCGACGACCACGAUGGCGCCGUGUAGCCUCUUCCUAUCGUUUUCUCUCUUCCUCUCUGUCACUCUCUC